GUGCCCAGCCGGUCAGUUUCACUUACAAUCAUUUACGUGAAUUAGAGAAUGAAAACAUUUAUCUUUGUUCUAUCACUGCUCAUAUGACUUUGAUAUAUAAAUUCAGUUAUUUUGUCUGUGAAAAAUCAGAUGGAAUACGUGUUUUACUUUAUUUAACCGUUGAUAGUCGCACUGGCCAGCCAUGUGUUUAUCUGAUUGACCGCAAGAAUAACUACCACCAACUUUUUGAUUUAUUAUUUCCAGUUCCUGGAGAUGACAAACAAUUCCAUGAUGGCACCCUAGUUGAUAGUGAACUAAUUGUUGAUGUUGAAGAAGAUGGAAUGGUAGAAGUCAAACCUAUGGAGUUAUCAUACGGUUUAGACAAGGUUUGGAAUGAAACCAUACCAAAACUGAAGCAUAAGAGUGACGGUUUAAUUUUUACAUCAUCAGUAUCACCUUACAUACCGGGAACUUGUGAAAAAAUGUCAGGAUUCAAUUAUCAAAAUAGGCCAAAAAGAUUCCUUCUGUAUAAAUGGAUGCAAAAAGACGAAUAUUCAUAUUUUGAUGAUUUGUAUGUCACUGAUGAAGAAUGGGAUGAAUGGCAACGCAAUGAAGAACCACUUGAAAAUCGUAUAGUCGAAGUGACUUGUGAAACGCUAAAAGACAAUACCACACGGUGGAGGUUUUUAAGGUUUCGUGAUGAUAAACCACAUGGAAAUCAUUAUACAGUGGUAGAAAAAAUACAAGAAAGUAUUAUGGAUGGAAUCA